AUGCAGUCUUCCUUACUGCCGGCCCCUGGCAGAGGCUCUGAAAAACCUGCGGUGUGCAGUCAGCGAUGGAGAGCAUUCAGGAGAAGUUUUGCUUUGCCCGCCAUUCUUCUGGUUGCCAGCUGCUCGCUUUGGCAUGCGCCCGACGCCGCCUUCGCACGGAAGCACGUCUUCCCGACGUCGCUGCGCGAUCUACGGACAAGGAUCCAGCACGGCGAUCUCUCGCAUUCCGAGUACGCCAGCACCCUGGAAAGCCUUAAGAAGGCCUACGAGCAGGAGAUCUUCAAGUGGGGCCGGCGAGGUAAGUGGCAGAAGUCCUUGGACUUCCUGACGGAGAUGGACGAGCUCUCAUUCGAUCCCGGGGUACCUGCCUUCGCUGCCACGGUUCGCGCCCUCAGCGAGAGGGCCAGGAAGCAGUGGCCACGCGCCCUGAUGGUAUUCAACCAGAUGAAGGACCGGGAUCUUGCUCCGGAUACCUCGACCUUCCACUGGGCAAUGGCCGGGUGUGCGAAGGAUCGACAAUGGCAGCUCUCCAUCGACCUGCUCCGUGAGAUGCAGCGUUUGAACCUGCCUACCCGCAAGGCGACCUACAUGGGUGCCCUGCACGCUUGCCGGUGGGGCGGACUCUGGCAGGAUGCCAUCAGUUUGAUCGAGGAGAUGGAGAACGAUGCCCUGGAUCCACAAGCCACCGGCUUCAACAAGGCCAUGGAUGCCUGCUUGACUGCCCACCAGGACGAUUGGUACGAUAUCAUGGAAGACAAAGCUGCAGCUCGCGGCUACGAGAUCUUCCUCUAG